CAUGAUGACCUCAAUUUUUUCUCUUUACACGACGACGAGGAGUUCGAGUAGCCGCUACCUAAUACUAUCGCUUGGCCCACGAAGCCAAAUCGAACUUCAACCACCUGAGCAAUCUCUCUCUGUUAGUUCUCGGUAAGCCAUCAUACCAAUCCCUAUAAUAUCUAGGGGUUGUCUCCGUCAUAAUGGAAACCUCUUCCCCAACGUCACCCGGCGCUCCACGGCCUAUGCUUCACGAUAUGGAAAUUCGCCCGCCGAUGUUCGAAGACCCUUCUUCUUCAGCUCUCUGGGAUUGGGGAGAUCUCCUGGACUUCACCGUGGACGAUCAAUUCCCAAUUUCGUUUGAUUCCGUCGACGAUUCAACUAAUAUUGAAGUAAAUCAUAUCGAGGCAACUCCAGUUCCGGAUCGCGUCAGGAAGCGGGACCCGAGAUUGACCUGCUCCAAUUUUCUGGCGGGCAGGGUUCCAUGCGCUUGCCCCGAGCUUGACGAGAAGUUAGAGGAAGAGGAGGUUGUGCCUGGGAAGAAGCGGGCCAGAACGACACGUUCCACCGCGGGUGUUGCUCGGUGUCAAGUGCCUGGGUGCGAGGCUGACAUAAGCGAGCUUAAAGGGUAUCAUAAGAGGCACAGGGUUUGUUUGCGCUGCGCAAAUGCUAGUUCUGUUGUACUUGAUGGAGAGAGCAAGAGAUACUGUCAACAGUGUGGGAAGUUUCACUUGCUGUCGGAUUUUGAUGAAGGCAAACGGAGUUGUAGAAGAAAAUUAGAGCGUCACAACAAUAGACGGCGAAGAAAGUCACAUGAUUCAAAAGGAGCUGCCGAUAAGGAACCUCAAAGGGAGUUGCUUAGUGAAGAUGCUGCAUGUGAUGGUGAAGCUGGAAAAGAUUGUCAAAUAGUUGAGAAAGAAGCAAUGGUGGAAUCUGAAGAUGGAAAUAUUUCCAGUCUUCACUCUGCUCCCAAUUCUCAAAAUGUCAAUAGUGAUAGUGGUUUAUCUGUUGGAUCCCCAAAUCCAAAGGAUGGAGUAAAAGACGAUUCCAAAUUUUUGCAUUCUCCUUUCAAUUGUGACAAUAAGAGUUCUUACUCAUCUGUGUGCCCAACAGGGCGAAUCUCAUUCAAGCUUUAUGAUUGGAAUCCAGCUGAAUUCCCUAGAAGGCUUCGACACCAAAUUUUUGAAUGGUUGGCCAGUAUGCCAGUUGAGUUGGAGGGAUAUGUUCGCCCUGGUUGUACAAUCUUGACUGCAUUUCUUUCAAUGCCAACUUUUAUGUGGGCAAAGUUAUUUGAAGACCCUGUGUCAUAUGUGCACGAUUUUGUAAUCACUCCUGGAAAAAUGCUGUCCAAGAGGAGUCCAAUGCUAGUUUAUCUGAACAACAUGAUCUUCCGUGUUAUGCAAGAUGGAAAUUCAGUGUUGAAAGUAAACUUAGAAGGGCAAGCCCCAAGGCUUCACUAUGUUCAUCCAUCAUGCUUUGAGGCUGGGAAGCCCAUAGAGUUUGUUGCUUGUGGAAGUAAUCUUUUGCAACCUAAAUUUAGGCUUUUGGUGUCAUUUGCUGGGAAAUAUCUCAAGUACGAUUACUGCGUUGCAUUACCUCGUGGUCCUACUGAAGGAUGUUCCAGCCUUGACCAUCAGUUGUGCAAGAUUUAUAUUCCUCAUGUUGACCCGAAUGUAUUUGGUCCCGCAUUUAUCGAGGUUGAAAAUGAGAGUGGCUUAUCGAACUUCAUUCCUGUACUGAUUGGGAAUGAAGAAAUUUGUUCUGAAAUGGAAAGAAUUCAGCAUCGGUUAGAUUCAUCUCAGCAGGCAAGUGGUUCACAGUGCAAGGUUUCUACACACAGACAGAUGGCUUUUUCGGAAUUAGUUGUGGAUAUAGCAUGGUUAAUAAAGAAGCCUUCAUUAGAAAGUUUUCAACAAAAGAUGAGCUCUUCACAGAUCCAAAGACUCAAUUCCUUAUUGAAUUUUUUGCUACACCAUGAAUCAGCUGCCAUUUUGGAUAAAAUUUUACAGAAUCUAAAAAUUAUAUUGGAUGAAAUGGAGAAAAAAAGGGUACUUUAUGGCAUUAGUGAUUCUGACAUGAGCCUAUUACAGAAACAUAUGGAUAGUGCCAGUAAUAUUCUUCAACAAAAGGUUAAGCAAAGUGAUGAUGUGGAUGAAAGGGAUUUUAGAGGAUGUUCCGAAAGUGACAUGCCAUCAGUUGCUUCAUUCAACAAUGAGGACUUGGAGAAAAGCUCAAAUGGGAAGUUGGGAAUUAUGGAAAACUCAUCUGCUGUUGUUAAGAGUGACAGGAUUCCACUUUUGAGUAAAGAUGUUGUCAUGAAUGUGAACCUCAGCAAGGAAAGGCCAAACAAGUCAUGUAGCCUCGUGUUUUCCAACAGACUCAUGAAGUCUCGCCCCGCAAUAUUUUUAAUAGCCACAUUUACUAUUUGUUUGGGAGUCUGUGCCAUCCUUGUCCACCCUAACCAGGUUAGCAAAUUUGCAGUGUCUAUACGCAGAUGUUUGACAGACAGAUUUUAGAUGCUGAAAAUAAGCCUGUCCAUCAAAUAUUUCUCCAGUGGGUAGUUUGCUCUGUAACCUUCCUCUGACAUACCAGUGUUUGAUGGUGGCCUCAGCAUCAAGAGAAUCAAUGGAGAUUCCAAAGUGAUUGAAAAAAAAAAAAGGUUUUUUGGUUGAGAUCAAAAUUCGUUCAGAGAUAUUAUUGUGCCCCAACUUCAAAACCUUUUUGAGCUGAAGCUCAUGUAUUAUCUAUUUUAUUAUGUGCUAAUGGAAUAAUUAGGAAGGUUUUUUCA